ACAGCACAGGGCUCGUGGGAACCAGUAAUCGGGAGCGCGGAUUACAGCGGACCACAAUCCUAGACGCACAUCCUGUGUGUAGUCCUGUCCAACAUGGCAGGUUCAAGGGGUGGUAAGAGAAACAGAGAAGAGGCUGAUAAAUAUUCUGUGCUGUUACCGACAUACAACGAACGGGAGAACCUGCCUCUGAUUGUGUGGCUCCUGGUGAAGUACUUUGGUGAAAGUGGAUACAACUAUGAAAUUAUAGUCAUUGAUGAUGGCAGCCCUGAUGGGACACUGCAGAUUGCCGAGCAGCUACAAAAGAUUUACGGAGAUGAUAAGAUCGUGCUGAGACCACGAGCAAAAAAGUUGGGUUUAGGGACAGCAUACAUCCAUGGUAUUAAGCAUGCCACUGGGAACUUCAUUAUCAUUAUGGACGCGGAUCUCUCUCAUCACCCGAAGUUUAUCCCAGAGUUCAUCAAGAAACAGAAAGAGGGUGGAUAUGACCUUGUGUCCGGAACACGUUACAGAGGAGAUGGAGGAGUGUAUGGAUGGGACCUGCGCCGAAAGCUCAUUAGCCGUGGGGCUAAUUUCGUCACACAGGUGUUAUUGAGGCCCGGAGCGUCGGAUCUGACAGGAAGUUUUCGGCUUUAUAAGAAGGAUGUGCUGGAGCGCCUGGUAGAGCGCUGUGUGUCUAAGGGCUAUGUCUUCCAGAUGGAGAUGAUCGUCCGUGCUAGGCAGCUAGGCUACACCAUUGGAGAGGUUCCAAUCUCGUUUGUGGACCGUGUUUAUGGGGAGUCCAAAUUGGGAGGAAAUGAAAUUGUCUCCUUCUUGAAAGGAUUGCUCACUCUUUUUGCCACAACAUGAUUGAUCACCGGCUCUGUGUUCUGUUACGUGAUGCGGCGUAUAUGCAAAUAGUCUCAGCAUAGCCAUGCUGCACUCACCUGAUGCACUCGACUGCUAGUUCUUGUCUAAUUAAAGAGAAAGAUGUCGUGUUUACAGAUUGUAGCUUUUGUGACAACUUUUGGUCCUGUAAUGUAAGACACUAUGGAGUAUUGAUGUGGAGUAGAGCAUUGCAGUUCAGGUUUGACUGAGGAAUACAUUUUCUGGAGGCCUGGAAAUACUUUAUAGGUAUAUUUGUGCAAAGAAAGUUCCGUAAAAAAUCCGGACCUUAAAAGGACAUGCACCAAAAUCUCUGAAAUGUUCUGGACCAAACCUAAGCAGUGAAAGAACAUACUGGCAUCUUUUUGGAGCGAUGACAUGCAUACUUUUUCUUUGUUAAAGCAUAUAAAUAGUUAAAAGCUAAGUAAGGUGUUACGACACAUGCUAUAUUUUCAGUCAGCAUUAGUAUGCAGACUGUUGGGGGUGGGGGGGUUGAUGCUUCGUUACUGCAAUUAAAUGAAUGUUGAUUCACGGCAUUGUUAAUAAAUAAAUAUUUUACAUGAUUUCUC